UUUUCUACUGCCCAUCAGAACAGUGACUCUUCACUCCACCAAACCAAGCCCCAAAUCUCUCGUCUCGCAGGCUCAGCCAGAGAGAGAAAGAGAGAGAGAAGAAUGUCGUGGCUCGCUUCGAGGGCGUUCCACGCGCCGCCGCCGAUCGACAUGAGGGCGCUGCGGGCCCGGUGCCCGGCGGCCAUGGGCGUCGGCUGCGCCUCCAUAGUCGGCACGAGCCUGUGGCGGUCGUCGGCGCCGGCGAGGCGAGCGCCCGCGCCGUUUGCUUGCCUGGGCAUUUCGACCGAGGCUCGUUUAAAGGAAGCUGUUCAAACAGACAAAGCUCCAGCUGCUUUGGGACCCUAUUCCCAGGCUAUCAAAGCUAACAACCUUCUGUUUGUAUCUGGUGUUCUUGGUCUCAUUCCAGAGACUGGACAAUUUGUAUCUGAAAGCGUGGAAGACCAGACAGAACAGGUUCUCAAAAAUAUGGGGGAAAUACUGAAAGCUGGGGGUGCCAGCUAUUCUUCUGUGGUCAAGACAACAAUUAUGCUGGCUGACUUGCAAGACUUCAAAAAAGUGAAUGAGAUCUAUGCUAAAUAUUUUUCGGCACCUGCCCCAGCUCGCUCAACAUAUCAGGUUGCUGCUCUGCCACUGAAUGCGAGGAUUGAGAUCGAGUGCAUUGCAGCACUUUGAUGGGCUUCUGCACCUUUAAAUACAAACAUCUUGAAUGAAACCUGUUUAUGAGAUUUAAGGGAAGUUUAAGUGGAUGAAGUUUUGUAAUUGUCAUAACAGUCUAUAUCGGUGAUGCGGUGCUCUUUGUUGGACCGUGGACUCAGAUUCUCUGAUGUGCAGUGUUCGCCUAAUAACAUGAGAUUGAUCGUAGUGGCA